UCCCCCCCCCCCCCUCCCGAUCCGAUCCGAUUCCCUUUUCUUCUUCUUCUUUUUUCGCUUUAUUUAUUGCUUCUCCGAUGCAAUCUCGCCGCCAUUCCUAACAAGCACGCACCCUCGCUCGCUGUUGAAGUGUUGAGUGCUCAUCCUCCGCCGACGAGGCGUCGGAACCCUAGGUAGAGGUCGCCCAUGGCGUUCUGGUGGCCGCUGCUGGUGCUCGCCGCCGCGUACGCGCUCUGCCGCCUCCUCCUCCUGCUCAUCCCCCCCACCGUCCCCUCCAUCGACGUCGACGCUUGCGACGUGUUGGCCAAGGAGGACAGCUUCAUCUACAUACCAAGAAAGGGUAAAUCAGCUCAGACUGAUAAGGUCCAAUGCUAUGAGCCAGCAACCAUGAAAUACUUGGGGUACUUCCCUGCGUUGACUCCUGAUGAGGUUAAGGAGCAUGUUGCACAAGCCAGAAAAGCACAAAAUGUAUGGGCAAAAAGCAGCUUCAAGCAAAGGCGUCAGUUUCUUCGUAUCCUUCUGAAGUAUAUACUUGAACAUCAGGAUCUGAUAUGCGAGGUAUCAUCCCGGGACACUGGAAAGACUAUGGUUGAUGCUUCAUUAGGCGAGAUAAUGACCACAUGUGAGAAGAUUACCUGGCUUUUGGAUGAGGGUGAGAAGUGGCUAAAACCUGAAUACAGGUCUACAGGGAGAUCAAUGCUGCACAAGAGAGCAAAAGUUGAAUUUUACCCUCUUGGAGUGAUUGGUGCGAUUGUAUCCUGGAAUUACCCAUUCCAUAAUGUUUUCAAUCCAAUGCUGGCUGCAGUAUUCUCUGGUAAUGCAGCAGUUAUAAAGGUUUCAGAACAUGCAAGUUGGUCAGGCUGCUUUUAUUUCCGUAUCAUACAAGCAGCUCUUUCAGCUGUUGGUGCACCUGAUAAUCUGGUGCACAUAAUAACUGGUUUUGCGGAAACAGGUCAAGCUCUUGUAUCUUCUGUAGACAAAAUAAUAUUUGUGGGAUCACCUGGUGUUGGAAGGAUGAUCAUGCAAAGAGCAUCGGAGACUCUAAUACCUGUAACUCUUGAGCUUGGUGGCAAAGAUUCAUUUAUUGUGUGCGAAGAUGUAGAUUUACCCAAUGUUGUUCAAGUUGCGGUCAGAGCUGCUCUGCAAUCUAGUGGACAGAAUUGUGCUGGCGCUGAAAGAUUUUAUGUCCACAAGGAUAUCUAUUCCAUCUUUGUUUCUCAAGUAGUGGCGGUAGUCAAAUCUAUAUGCGUUGGUCCCCCAUUAUCUGGCAGAUAUGAUAUGGGAGCAAUCUGUAUGAUAGAGCACUCUGAGAAACUUCAGAAUCUUGUUAAUGAUGCUCUUGACAAAGGUGCCGAAAUUGCUGUCAGAGGGAGCUUUGGCAAUCUGGGUGAAGAUGCAGUUGAUCAAUUUUUCCCUCCAACUGUCCUAGUUAACGUUAAUCACACAAUGAAAGUUAUGCAAGAAGAGGCAUUUGGACCAAUUCUACCGAUCAUGAAAUUCAGUUCUGAUGAAGAGGCUAUCAAACUUGCAAAUGACUCAAAAUAUGGCCUUGGCUGUGCUGUUUUUUCUGGCAACCAGAAGCGUGCCAUCAGAAUAGCAUCCCAAUUACACUGUGGUGUGGCAGCAAUCAAUGAUUUUGCUUCAAGUUAUAUGUGUCAGUCUUUGCCAUUUGGUGGUGUUAAAGACAGUGGAUUUGGUAGAUUUGCGGGUGUAGAAGGCUUGCGAGCUUGCUGCCUUGUGAAGGCAGUUGUAGAAGAUAGAUUUUGGCCAUACAUUAAAACAGUGAUCCCGAAACCUAUCCAGUAUCCUAUCUCCGAGCAUGGAUUUGAAUUCCAGGAGUUACUUGUUGAAACUCUCUAUGGCUAUAGUGUGUGGGACAGGUUGCGCUCCCUCAUGAAUUUGUUGAAGAUGAUUACCGAGCAGAACUCUCCUCCAGCUCCAAGUAAGACGACGAAGAAGAAAAGACGAUGAGCCAUACAGAGAAGUUGAGUUCAAUCUUCUGUCAACUUGCUCUUAUGAUGUUCCCACCGGUGAUCUAGUCUUUAGAACGCAAUCUCCACACCCUAGCUUGGUGAACUAGUGCUUGGCAGCACUUGUCUGCAUGUAAACGCCCUUCAGAAAUUAGAGGUAGCCAGCCUCCUCCUUUCAUGGCAAGAGGAAAUCCAAAGUGACAAAUGAAACCUCCGAUUUCGAUUUUCGACCCUGUAACUAUGAACAUGUCGCACGACUUUGUUCGGACUUCGAAGGUGUAUUCUAGCGCUUCAGUUUUCAGAACCUUUUCUGGUU